AUGCAUCUAUUUAUAUUUUCUUCAUUCUUCAAUCAAAUUCAUUCUCUUUUUUGGUGUCUUCUUUCUUAAUUUUCCAAAAUUUAUAGUUUAACUAGCUACACAUGCGUACAUCCAAAGAAACGUUUAAGGAAAUACUAAUUUCCGCUGGCAUAAAAGGAAGUUCUCAUAAAGAAGGAGAGUCUACUAAACAGAAGUCCAAAAUUCUCCAUCCUCCCAUAGAGACUUUUUGGCAAUUGCCUCCAACAAAAGAGCAGAAGAAGUCUAUCAAAUCAAGAACCGCGAAAACCAUAAUGUCUUUGACAUUAAAGAAAAAGAGCAAAAGUUUGCAAAUAAUUCUUGGAGGAUCACAUGAUCCUAAAGAUGAACAAAUUGUUGAUUCAUUUCGUCAGUUGGUUUUUCUUGAGGGUCAGCUGAUAGAUAAAAACAAUGACUAUCAUACGCUUUUAAGAUUUCUUAGAAUGAGGGAUUAUGAUCUUCAAAAAGCAAAGAACAUGUAUUUGAACUAUUUGAAGUGGCGAGAGGAGUUUCAUGUGGACGAAAUUUCCAAGGAGUUCAUGUUUGAGGAAUUCAAUGAGGUUAAACAGUGUUAUCCUCAUGGAUUUCACGGUGUAGAUAGAUAUGGUCGACCAAUAUACAUUGAAAGAAUUGGAAUGGUAAAUCUCACUAGGCUACUUGAAGUAACUACUAUUGAGAGAUUUGUGAAAUAUCAUGUGUCUGAACAAGAGAAAACAUUGAACUGGAGAUUCCCUUCAUGUUCACUAGCUGCAAAGAAACAUAUAGCUUCCACCGUCAGCAUCGUGGAUGUGAAGGAUGUGGGAAUUUCAAACUUUUCGAAGCCUGCAAGGCUUCUCUUUCUGGAAAUUCAGAAGAUUGACAGUCACUAUUAUCCAGAGACGUUGCAUCGCCUUUUUAUCAUCAAUGCUGGAUCUGGAUUCAGAGUCUUGUGGAAAGCAAUCAAGGCAUUUCUUGAUCAACGCACCCUAGCAAAGAUUCAAGUGCUCGGGAGCAACUACACGAAGACCUUACUAGAAGUUAUUGAUCCAAGUAAUCUUCCAACUUUCCUCGGUGGCAACUGCAAAUGUUCCGAAUAUGGAGGCUGCCUUUUUAGCGAUAAAGGACCAUGGAAUGACCCUUCAGUUACAACUUUACUUCAGGCAAUGCUUGAAGUUGAAGAGGAGAAUAUCGAUGAUGAAGAACAGAAUUGUUCUGCUUCAAAAGAUUCCUUUGAUGGUCUUACUCCGGAUAAUGUAAGUAUUAAGGAUGUCUAUGAUGUGACUCCAUCAAGAGAUGAUACUUUUGGACAGCCAGUUCUACAGAAGAUCCUAACACUUCAAAGUGUAGUCAAUGACACAAAAUCAAAAAUCCAGGCAUUGGAAGCUGCUCUUACGGACAUGACAUCGGUGAUAGAAGGACUUGGACAACCAAUUGAAGAGCUGAAAAAACAAAUAUUAGUAUCAAAGUUAAGAGCUUGAGUUACCAAAUGAAGAAUUUCAAUCUUUUUUUUUGAAGUUUCUUGGUGUUGUCAAUUGAAUUUAAAUAAAAAAGAGUAACUAUGUUAAAUAAGACAACCUGUUUACAGACAAAAUUCAAGAAAAAAAAUCAGUUCUUUUUAAAUUUUGGUAUAGUUUUGCUCAACCUUUUCAAUUUUUAUGCAUGUUGUUGUAUGUAAGGCUAUAUAUCCGAGUUGAUCUAUGGACGAAUAUGCAAGUAUAAGGGUGUGGUGUGAAGCAUAUGUA